AUGCAGAAGGCGGAUGAGUCGAGCUACCUGACGCCGAUGCAGAUGUCGCGAGACCUCCAUCUCGCGCAACACAUUAUCCAACGCAUCGUCGGAGAUUUCAUGGUACGUGUGCCGCCGCCCCCUUCGGGCCGUGCCAAGAAAAGAAAGCCUCGGGAUGGCGCAUUGGAAUGCACCAACCUGACCAAUAUCGGAUUUUCUCUCGUUCUGCAUCGCAAACGUGCCUGCGUCGUGGGAUGGAGUCGUUACUCCUGGUCGAAAGAGACGUGGGUCUAUUCACGCCGUACAGUCGACACGAUCGCUAGGUACAACCAACUCUUCCCCGAUGUGAUCAACUUCAUUGGAGCCAGUGAUAUGCAUGUCUCCGCCUUUGAAAUGAGUGACAUCUUCCCCACAAACACCUUCGAGCGGUACUCUCAGCUGCGAACGUUCCUGCGCAACGAGGUGAAGGGCAACCGGAUAGUGACAGAUGCGAACGCACCACUGUUGGACACGAAGGGUCUCCUGGUCGUCCAGAGUCAUCUCUUCCCCGAUUCACCCUUCCCUACGUCACUUCCCACUGACUGCACUCGUAUUGAAAUCGCCCCCACCGACGUCUUUGCGAUCUUGCCCGACGGUGGUCGUAUCAUACCACAGUGCUACCAGGCAUGGUUGAAAAGGCUCGGGAAAAAGUUUGACACUUUUGAGCUGGUCGACCGAGUCAUGUACGUUGGUCCACGACACGAUAUCUUUGGCCUCUGUGGCUUUGUCAUCGGCGUCUACCUCGUUCUUGGCCAGGAGACCAUCGAGGUCAUGUUUGAUCGCCCAUUUGAUGGUGCCAUCUCCAUCAGAGGUUCUUCAUCGUGCUGUUUGGCGAUGGCCUCUUCCCACCUCCUGCACUAUCCCCGUUUCAUCGAAUCUACCAGCGCGAGGAAGCAGAAGGAGAGGAGCAGUGGUAGUAAGAAACAGCGAUAUCUGGGAAAGGAGUUUAUGAAGAAGGAGGCGUUCACCGUGCUGACACCACAGUCCCCACCGCUGUCCACAGCGAACCCCAUCGAUUCUGUGCUGCCGUCAGAGUGGCUGGCUAACCCUCCAUCGGAAUUUGCCUCUUCCUCUACCGCCGUCGCUGCCUUGAAUAAAAAAGCGACGAAGUGCGUGUCUACUUCCUCGAAAAAGCCGCUCCCACAGCCUCCCUCUCCAAAUAUUAAACACAGCAACUCAAGCGUCGCACCUUCUUCUUUGGGGCAAAUGCCCGUUCAGUCGCAUUCAAAGUCCCAUCAGCAACUACAAAAUCAGCAAAAGAAGCAUCAGAUAAGAUUGGGACCGAAGACUGUCGAUCAGGCGACUGCUUCACUAUGUUCGUUGCAGGCGAAUUCAGCGCCCAUGACGUAUCCGACCUCGGAGGUGCAGCUGCCUUCGAAUCCACAAGCUCCCGCCCUUUUCCCCCCCAGCCCAUGGUGCUCUAAUUCAAUAAAAUGGUUGCCUGAAAUCUGCUCUUCAGGACCCGAGCAGAGUCCCGGGGGUUCACCACCGUGGGUCCAGGUGGAUCCGCGCUUCGUGGCCUUCUUCAACUACGAAUGGAGCCUCUUUUUGUGGACUCGCUCACCGCUUCGCGACCUAUACUUUUCUGUCGAGCAGCAAGCCUUUCAAUCCGCCCAAUUCUUAGAAUGCUUUACUUCUCAGCAGCCGCAACUGCAACCCUUUGUGUCCCCCGUGAACGAUUCCCAUCUGUCAGUGCCAACACAUCUCCCAGUGUCUGAAAAUACGAACAACCUGACAAAUUUUGUGCCGACUCAGGUGAAGCAAGCCUCCGUGAGGUCGAGACGUCAAUAG